AUGAAGGCCGCGAAGAUUGGUGUCGGCGUCGUUGGAGUCGGCCUCAUCGGCUCCGAGCUCCUCCUCCAGAUUGAGACGGAGGCGGCGCGCUUGGCAGCCUGCGGCGUUGACAUCGCAGUGCUGGGGCUCGCCAACUCGCGCAAGAUGCAUCUCGCGAGCAGUUCCGCGGGCGAGGUCGUGCCGACGGGAUGGAAGGACGCGUUGGCGGGGUCCGCGCCGGCCGCGGACCUCGCGGCGUUCGCGGACCACGUCAAGAGCGAGUGCGCGGCGAGCGGGCGCCACCCGGUGCUCGUAGACAACACCGCGAGCGACGUGCCGCCGUCGCACUACCUGCAGUGGAUGGACAAGGGGAUCAGCGUGAUCACGCCGAACAAGAGGUUCGCGACCGGCCCGAUCGCCGACUACAACCAGGCGCGCAAGCUGGCGACGUCGACGGACGCGACGUUCUUCUACGAGGCGACCGUCGGCGCGGGCCUCCCGCUGCUGUCCACGCUGAAGACGCUGCGCGCGACGGGCGACAAGAUUGUGCGCAUUGAGGGAAUCCUGAGCGGGACGCUGUCGUACAUCUUCAACACGGUGACGCCCGCGGACAACUUCAGCGACGUCGUCAAGGGCGCCAAGGACCAGGGGUUCACCGAGCCCGACCCGCGCGACGACCUCAGCGGCACCGACGUCCAGCGCAAGGUCACCAUCCUCGCCAGGGAGUGCGGCAUGACCGUGGAGCUCGACGACGUCCCGGUGUCGUCGUUGGUGCCGGCGGCGCUCUCGUCGCCAGACAUCGACGCCGCGGCGUUCCUCGAGCGCCUCCCGGAGUUCGACGCCGAGUUCAGCCAGCGCAUCAAGGACGCGGACGCGCGCGGCGAGGUCCUGCGGUUCGUCGGCGUGGUCGACCCCGUCGCGGGCAAGUGCAGCGUGGAGCUGCAGUCGUACCCGAAGUCCCACCCCUUCGCGUCGCUCCAGGGCGCCGACAACAUCGUGCAGUUCCAGACGAGCCGCUACAGCAAGGAGAGCCCGCUGCUCGUGCGCGGGCCCGGCGCCGGCGCCGCGGUGACUGCCAUGGGGGUGUUCGGGGACCUGCUGCAGGUCGCCAACCACAAGGGGUCGCCGGAGCUGUGGCGCGGGCCGGAGUGA